CUAUGAUAACUGUUUUGUUUUUCUUUGCCCCUAGUUCACAACCCCAAGACCUCCCUUGAGCCUUCAACUAAGCUAUGCAUACCCGAGGUCCCCCAGGUCUGCUGUUCCCUGCACUGCCUCUGGCAUCCUCAGUCCUGAUGCUGCUGCUGAGUAGCCUCUGGUUGAUGGGGGCUGGCCCUAGCCUUGCCCUAGUUCCGGAACUGUUGCUGAACCCCUGGCAAGUUCACAGGCUACUGACCCACGCCCUGGGCCACACGACCCUCCCGGGACUGCUCCUGAGCUUGCUGCUCCUGCCCACACUGGGCUGGCGGCAGGAGCACCGCCUGGGCACACUGCGCUUCCUGCAUGCCUCUGCCCUGCUCUCCCUGGCCGCAGGGCUGCUGGCUGUGUUGCUGGCAGGCCUUGGGGUGUCGAGCGCAGCUGGGGGCUGCGGCUACAUGCCUGUCCACCUGGCCAUGUUGGCCGGGCAGGGGACUGACCCCAGACACCGACCCCAUCAUAACCUGCCGCCGUGUCUGCUGCCAUGGCUGCUCCUCAUUCUCACACCACUGCUUAGCUCUGAGCCACCCUUCCUGCAGCUCCUCUGUGGCCUCCUCGCUGGCCUGGCCUAUGCCGCUGGGGCUUUCCAGUGGCUAGAGCCCUCUGAGUGGCGGCUGCAGGCACUGCAGGAGAGCGUCGUGUGCAAGGCUCUGGUGGGCUGCUGGCCCUUCCGGCUCCUUCCCACCCCUGGCACCCCAGCUGAGCUGCCCAUCACUCACCCGGCCGGAGUGAGGCCGCCAGCCCCAGGACCGCCCUAUGUGGCCUCCCCAAGGUUCUGGCCCCAGAGUGAAGUCUCGGCUUCAUUUCUGCCAGGGCUUUGGCCUGCGCAGCCCACCUGGGAGGGCUCUUCAGAAGAGGGCCUAGCUUGGACGAGGGCCUUCCCUCCAGCGAGCCCACUCUGGGCUGCCCUAGACGAACAGAUGCUGCAGGAAGGGAUUCAGGCCUCCCUGCUGCAGACACCGGCCCCGGGGCCCGAGAGCCCACUCUGGCUGCCGAAGUCCUCUGUUUCCUCCCUGCGGCUACAGCAGCUGGAGCACAUGGGCUUCCCCACAGAGCAGGCCGUGGUGGCCCUCGCAGCUACAGGUCGCGUGGAGGGUGCUGUGUCUCUGUUGGUCGGGGGACAGGUGGGCGCAGAGACCCUGGUCACUGAGGCGAAGCGUGGCUCUGCCCACCCCCAAAGCCCUGGGCACUCCUAGCACAGAUCGGCCUGCAGUGUGGAUCCCAAGCCCUACACCUGUGUGCUGAUUCACAGUGGGGGGGUGCAGGUUUCCCCACCCUGGCAGUGUUUAGAAUAAACAAUUCACUUUUGAACCAGUC